GACGCACUUGUUAUCUUAUCGCUUCAGUUGGAAGAUCUGGAAUCGGUCAGUAAGAAAGACAAAGGCAAGUAUGCAUCAGGCAACCUUCCAGAUCAAGUCGUUGCCGUCGACGAAUAUCGGGCAGAAAUCGACCGACAUAGGCAAUUCCUUGAAGACUUGCAGCUUGCCAAAAGCAUCGCUCAAGCCGUUUACACCGAUGCUACACUAUUGAACGAGCUCGCCGCACAAGACAUCCAAGCAUAUGAAGAUCGCAAUUAUGCGUUACAAAUCAGUAGUGAAGAUGCUGAAUUUCAGGAUCCUCCGGGCCAGGACCGCUACGAAACAGAAUCAAUCAAGGACUGGGUGUCAAUCGUCACCGAUUCGUUUCAGGCCUGCUCCUUGGCGGACAUUGAGUCCACCGAUAACGAGAAUGACAAAGCUGGUCCAUCCACGACAUACGCCGAACGGCAAGCAAAGAUCUUGGACAAGUUGUCAGAGCAGUUCAUGUGCAACACGUGC